AGGAAAAUUGAAAGUACCAAAUAAAUGGAUAGAAUCAAAGAGAUAACACAAUAGCCUAAUUGGAUAUAUGUCUAAAUAAAACACAUUUACUCUAAAAACUGGAUUUCUUGAACAUAUCUUAGGAGAACCAAGUAGUAGACAGAGGGUUCUUCAAGGGCUGGAGAUGUUCAAGAGGACCUUCUUCUUAUAAUAUUGUAUAGGAAGAGAUUCACAAUUCUUAAUUCUGAUGCUUUAGACACUUUGGUAGGCCCGCACAAAUGGUUUUCUGGAUUCAUGACUAAAACUAGAUCCUGUCACUGUCCAUAUAAUGUUCUUUGCUUUAAACAUGACAAAAUUCAGUGGAGAAACUAAUCCAUGCUUUUAUAUUUAGAUUUUAAGUCACUGUAUCAUUAAACAUUUGAACCAUUCAUUAAACAAUUGAAAGUUUCAUUUAUUCUGUUUAAAUUUACCUUCAGUGCUUCUUAAACUGAUAUUGGCAGAAGAUGAAAGUGGACGUAUAUCUCAGGAAGUAGUAAUAACAAAAUCACUUUAACAUCCCCAAGUGAAAUCAUAUCAUGUUGCCAAAACAAAGAUGUGCUGCUCACCUCCAGGUAAACCAGUAAGGAAGAGAAAUCAAGGCAGAGUAAGUAAAAGAAAGAAGCAAUAAAAGUGCCAAAGAAAGGGAGACGAGAGAAAAAACUAACAGCAAAGUCAAAAGUACCCAUUUGGAGAGCGCCCUAAAUGAUUCACAAGGGAACCGUUCAUUUUGCUUUUUCUGACCCACUGUUCUGGGAAUCUGUAAACCUGCUAAGAGUUCUGCUUCUGCAGCUGCACCGCUGGCCUAGGUCCUUGGUUUGUUUCCUCAUCUACAAAGUAGCUACAGUAACACCCUCCUCAGUCGUGUAACUGGGCUAACGUGGAAGUAGACAUAGUAAAUGUGAAAGAAUUUGGAAAAGUACACUAUUGUUAUGAGCAUUUUGGCUUGUUUUAAAGUCCGUUUCUAAGGUCUAAAGGAAAUGGAUUGGGCAUAAUUUAUGUCUCAUCCUUAUCACUAACUUCCAGCCCCCAGUACAAACCAAAAGGUAGCGCAAGGCAAGGCAGGCGGAACCUGGGAUGAAGGUGCUCGGCAGAGAAGGAAAGAUGCGGGCCACGCCAAGGAAAAUUAGAGCGAGCUUAGGGACUCACAGUUGAGAAAACAAGGAAGCAGGGAAGUGGCGACCAGUUACCAUAGCGACCGCGGUCGGGCAAGAGGAGGGGCCCUUUCGAUGGGUGCGCGGGCAACUAGGCUCGGCUAGAAACACACUCCAGGGUGCCGACUUCCGGCGGAAGGAGAGGCGGGUUCCGAGUUCUGGCUGGUUGAGGGCGGUCAGUGGGUUUCGGUGCCGGAGGAAGUUUGCUUAUCGGAGAAGGAGACCCGCUUCUAGUUCAACGGAUGGUGAUGGCUUUUGGGCAGAUACUUAAAAAGGACUGGUACAGCAUUCUGGGGGCAGACCCAUCUGCAGAUGUGUCAGACCUAAAACAAAAGUACCAAAAACUCAUAUUAAUGUAUCAUCCAGAUAAACAAAGUACAGAUGUGCCAGCAGGAACAGUGGAGGAAUGUAUGCAGAAGUUCAUCGAAAUUGAUCAGGCAUGGAAAAUUCUAGGGAAUGAAGAGACAAAAAAAACGUAUGACCUGCAGCGGCAUGAAGAGGAUCUAAGAAAUAUGGGACCAGUAGAUGCACAAAUACAUCUUGAAGAAAUGUCUUGGAACAAAGAAGACUGUUCUUUCUGUCUGAGCUGCCGCUGUGGUGGGAAAUACAGUGUCUCCAAGGAUGAAGCAGAAGAAGUCAGCCUGAUUUCUUGUGAUACAUGUUCACUAAUUAUAGAACUCCUUCAUUACAGCUAGAUUGGUUUGCUACUUGGAAUCCUUUAGCUGUGUAUUCAGUGGGAUCAGAACAGGCCUCUGAAGCUUGAUCCUUUUUUUUGUUAGCUGCAUAGUUUGCAAAGAUAAUAUAAAAUCAUCAAGCAAAGGCAACCUCAACUUAACAAAAAAAUAAUUCAGUUGUUUGCAUGUACUUAUAAUGUAUAAUUACAGGGUGCCACAAAAUGACUUGAAUUAUAAAUUACAUUUUGUGGAUUCUCACCUGACAACUCUUGUUUUCUCCUUGACACAAAUAAGAAAUUUCUUAAUAUAAGUAUGUCUCUUUUUUGGAUAACAGUAUUCUUCUUUCAGUAUUAUAGUUACUA